AUGGUAGAAGCUAUUUCCCAGUGUCUUCACCCCAUCAUCUUCACCCCAUCAUCGUCACCCCAGCAUCGUCACCCCAUCAUCGUCACCCCAUCAUCGUCACCCCAGCAUCUUCACCCCAUCAUCGUCACCCCAUCAUCGUCACCCCAGCAUCUUCACCCCAGCAUCUUCACCCCAGCAUCUUCACCCCAGCAUCGUCACCCCAGCAUCUUCACCCCAUCAUCGUCACCCCAGCAUCGUCACCCCAUCAUCUUCACCCCAUCAUCGUCACCCCAUCAUCGUCACCCCAUCAUCGUCACCCCAUCAUCUUCACCCCAGCAUCGUCACCCCAUCAUCUUCACCCCAGCAUCGUCACCCCAUCAUCUUCACCCCAGCAUCGUCACCCCAGCAUCGUCACCCCAGCAUCUUCACCCCAGCAUCGUCACCCCAUCAUCUUCACCCCAGCAUCGUCACCCCAGCAUCGUCACCCCAGCAUCGUCACCCCCAGCAUCUUCACCCCAUCAUCUUCACCCCAUCAUCUUCACCCCAGCAUCGUCACCCCAGCAUCGUCACCCCCAGCAUCUUCACCCCAGCAUCUUCACCCCAUCAUCUUCACCCCAUCAUCUUCACCCCAUCAUCUUCACCCCAUCAUCUUCACCCCAUCAUCUUCACCCCAGCAUCUUCACCCCAGCAUCUUCACCCCAGCAUCGUCACCCCAUCAUCUUCACCCCAGCAUCGUCACCCCAGCAUCUUCACCCCAGCAUCGUCACCCCAUCAUCUUCACCGCAGCAUCUUCACCCCAGCAUCGUCACCCCAUCAUCGUCACCCCAUCAUCUUCACCCCAGCGUCUUCACCCCAGCAUCGUCACCCCAGCAUCGUCACCCCAUCAUCUUCACCCCCAGCAUCGUCACCCCAGCAUCGUCACCCCCAGCAUCUUCACCCCCAGCAUCUUCACCCCCAGCAUCUUCACCCCAUCAUCUUCAUGUUCAGCUGCUUCAUUUCUGUAACCACCAGACCAUAGGUAACAGUGCAACUCUGCUCUUAGUGCGAAGCACUUCCUUUAAGACUUACAAUGACACACUGAGAACUGUGCUCUGA